CGGGAGGCCGGGAGAGGUGCCGCGCCAGCGGUGGGAGAGCUGCCACCGAGUUGAGUGGUCCCGUUAUUCCUGAAGAAAUACUGGCUGUAAUCUGAAAGCUGCUCAAGUCAGAGAAAAGAUUCCUGCUGUCAUCAGUGGGCUUCAAUCAGGUUUGACCAGUUCCAGCAUAAAGCCAAAUAACAACUUUCAGAAGGGUCAGCUACAACGUGUCUCUCCAGGAAGACUCCACAAUGAGAAAAACAACCCAGUGUUGCUUCUUAGUGAUCAUCCUUCUAAUUAGAAUUGUUCCAAGCCUUUCUUCUACUGUAAAUUAUACUGAUCCUACAUUAGAGCCUGUAGUAACAGAAAAUUCAGUCAUACGACAGAAGAUAAUAGAUUCACAGUUCAAAUGCUAUGAGAGGAUGAACAGAGCUCCUCCAUACAAGAAAAAAGGUCUGUUCUGCAACCGAACGUGGGAUGGCUGGUUGUGCUGGGAUGAUACACCUGCUGGAAGGAUCACUGCUCAGAAUUGUCCGGAUUAUUUUCCAGACUUUGAUCCAACUGAGAGGGCUUCAAAAUACUGUGAUGAAACUGGAAACUGGUUCCGCCAUCCUGAGAGCAACCGAACCUGGUCCAAUUACACCCUGUGCAACUCUUUCACCUCUGAAAAACUAAAGAUGGCGUUCAUACUUUAUUAUAUGGCGAUCGUUGGCCAUGCUUUGUCUAUAACAUCCCUGUUGAUUUCCUUGGCAAUUUUCUUCUAUUUCAAGAGCCUCAGCUGUCAAAGGAUAACACUGCAUAAGAAUUUGUUUUUUUCAUAUGUGCUGAACUCCAUGUUUACAAUUGCCCACCUCAUUGCUGUUGUCCCUAACCCGGGCCUUGUAAAAAGGGAUCCCGUAAGCUGCAAAGUGCUGCAAUUCUUUCAUCAGUACAUGUUGGGGUGCAACUACUUCUGGAUGCUCUGUGAAGGCAUUUAUCUUCACACACUGAUCGUAGUGGCAGUGUUUGCUGAAGAGCAGCGUUUGCACUGGUAUUACCUCUUGGGCUGGGGGUUCCCUUUAAUGCCAGCAUCCAUUCAUGCUGUUGCAAGAGCCAAAUACUUCAAUGACAACUGCUGGAUGAGCGUUGACACACACUUGCUCUAUAUUGUUCAUGGGCCUGUAAUGGCAGCUUUAUUGGUCAAUUUUUUCUUUUUGCUUAACAUUGUCCGAGUUUUGGUGACAAAGCUGAGAGAUACCCACCGUGCUGAGUCCAACAUGUAUAUGAAAGCUGUUAGAGCUACUUUAAUCCUGGUGCCCUUACUAGGAAUUCAGUUUGUUAUUAUUCCCUGGAGACCAGAAAACCGACUUGCUGGAGAAAUAUAUGAUUACAUCAUGCAUAUAUUAAUGCAUUACCAGGGUUUACUCGUGGCUACUAUAUUCUGCUUCUUCAAUGGUGAGGUCCAAGGAGCUUUGAAGAGGCAAUGGACACAGUACAAAACCCAAUGGGGCCAAAGGCGCCGCGAGCACUGUUCCACACGAUCUACCUCCUACACAGCAACAUCAAUCACAGAGGUCCCCGUUUACCUGUAUCACCAUGAUUCCAACAAUGAACAGCUAAAUGGAAGAUAUGUAGAGGACUCUGAACUUGUUGCAUUAAAGUCUGGAGAGACAUCUACCUAGCUCAGCACCAGCCAUUGCAAACACAUUGUUUCAUGUUCUGCCUGUGAACAAAGUGGGGAGAAGGGUGGGAGUGUGGAAAUCCAAGAUACUGUGUCAGAGUGCAGGCCCAGGUGGAAGGACACAUCAUAUUCAAACCACAUCAGCCUCCGACAGCAGUGGUGUGAGGGAGUCUGAUGCAGAACUGGAAAUAGUAUUUCUUCCUGUGCGCUGCAGCAGGGAGUGAACAUGGACUUGCCGACCAGGCUGUGUAAUCUCCACAUCUCCUGAUACCAGCCAUAUAAAGUGACCACCCAACAUUCGUGACAACCGCAGGUAGCCCAUAGCAAACAGGAAAGAAAGAACCAGUAUGUGGCAAUUGGGAACUUUCAGCACUUUUUGUUUUCUCUACUUUUCUUUAACACUAGUUUUUAAACUACCAACUUUCACAAGAUGUAACUGGCUUAGAGUCUUUUAUUUUUCUCUUUUAAUGAGCUUGAUGACUGCUUCAAAGAUUUUGCACAUUGCAAGACAAAUCAAAUAUAUAAACAGCAGAAAGUCACUCCAAAGUAUUGAAAUCCUGAUGAUUUCCAAAGGAUGCCCCAAAAUAUUACCAACCCCAAAGGAUACCCAGAAUAUUAUCAUCCCAUUAGCAGGUGCACAAAGCAAAUGAAGGUGAAAUAGUCAUUGCAUACCAAGAUCUCAAACACCCUGAGAGAAACAGAUCAGUUCUUCAGGCUGCAUCACACAAAUCUUGAAGGCAUCUCAAAAUAGUUUUUGUUUAACAAUACCGAGAGUUCAAGAAUAUUUAUUUAUAGGAAAAAUUGUGAGUCUAUUACUUUGCCCAGAAACUCAUCAUUAAGGCACAAUUUUUUGUGAAAUUUGUUUGGAAAUUACAGUUUUAUUUAAUGGACUUUCUGAGGUUAAUGUUAGAUGAAUGUUUGUCUCUGUUAUAAAAUUGUGAUCAUGACAGUAAAGAUACCAUGUAAGAAAUGAGAAACUAAUUUCUUAGCACAGGACGCAUCUAUUUUUAGAAUUUGAUUGCUCUCCUGAGUUCCUAAUCAUCCGAUAGUCCUGCCAAAAACCUUGAUAACCUAUUUCAGAUUCUAUUGAAAUUAGCAGACAAAUCCGUGCUAACUUCAAUGAGUGGUGAACAACUCUCUUCAGUGUUCGGGAAUGACUUAUGCAAUACAGUUUGGUGUAGACCCCAAAAAUAGGAGGUCAUUCAUAGUGAUUUGAAACAAUUUUUAAAUAUUGUGUCCAACCAGGCUGUUUUUCCUUGCUUUACCCUUAAUUUGUAGAUAUUAAAUGGAGGGACAAUGUACAUGACUACCUACAUGCUGGAAAAGUCCCUCCCAGGAAUGAGUUCAUGAGGGAUAGGUGUAAACCCAGCACUGAGAGAGGGGACUGAAUUCCCACUAUCCAUACAAGAGGCAAUGCCUAGCAGAGAAGAGGGUUACUCCAUUUUUGCCACCAGCACACACACACAACCUCUGUGCACUACCAAUACUUCCCAGUGUGAGGAAUGAGCUCCUGGCUCUGCGACCAUGGAACAAGAGAGAGGAGCUGGGGAACAAGAACAAGCUGUCUUGCAGAUCAUCACAUGGUUAAUCCAGUGGAACACUUACAAAAAAAUACCUUCAUGUGUAUUUUGUUCCAACCACAUACCUAUUUUUCAGACUUCAAGGAAUACGAAGAUAGUUAUUUUUUCAGACAACAGUAUUUCUCGCAUUGUUAUUUCUAUUUUCACCAGUGAACAGUAGGAAGUGGAGGAGUCAGUUGUUAAAGACAAUAAAGUGGCUCUGCUAUGAACGCUGUAUUUCUGAACUGCUUUGGGACACACCACACUUCCUGGGAGUGCUCCAGAAGGCAUUCCUGGUUUCUAAAGAUACAAAUGAGCUGAUUGUAAAAGAAGUGUGCAUAAUAUUGAGAGUUUAAUAAUGAACAUGUUGGUUUUAAUGAUGUACAUGUUUACAACAUGUAAGUGCAAGUUGUUUCACUGUUAUGUUCAUGUGGCUGUACAAAAUGGAAAUGCUUUGCCAUUAUAAUGAUUGUGUUCUUUCUUCACUAUUAAGAGUUUCUUGCUUUGUUUAGUAGAGUACUCUGAAAAGUCAGGAUCUGAGGUUUAGGGUCUCAGUUGGGGCUUCAGUGUGGUUGCAGCAGUCUUUGUGGAAGCUUUGGUUUCAGUGGAGGGAUGAUGAUGAAAAAGCCACUGAAGCUUUGGUCUCACAUACACACUGAGUUUAGGGUUGUCAUCACCCUUGGGCUUUGUAGGAAAGGCUGAGUUUUGAAGGUAUUUACUGAGUAAUUUCUUAUCAAAAUACUUUCUGAUGGGAAAUGCUAUUUUCCUCAUCUCCAGAUGGUUUGAAACAUUUUCAUUGCACUCAUAAGGUACAUUUCAUUCUCUGCUUUAUAAAUAGUACCAUACACUAGUGACAGUAAUAUUAGGAAUACUGAUACAACCUCAGUAACUACAAUUAUGACAGUAGGGUGGUUUGAGUCUAGUACAUUUCACAAGAACAGCAGAAAUGCAUAAUUAAUAUAUCAUUGUAUCAAAAAGUAGGGAAGGAGCUGACACUUGAAUCCAUGAAUGCAAGGUGUAUUUUAAGAGGAAAACAACCUUACAUUAAUCACCUCUGCAGUAUCUGUUUCCUCUCAAACACCACACCACAUCCAACACAUGAAAACCCAGUUUACUGAAAAUUUGCUCCAGCAGAAGUGGUUGCUUUGUUUGAGCAACGAAAUCUAUCAGGAAGAUGCUGGUUGUUAUUCUUUACAGAGUACAGAAACACAGCACAAAUUAAAAGAUUUGUUGUGGCAUGGAAUGUCAAAAGUAAGACUUGAUUUUUAUUUCAUUUACUUAAUAAAUAUAUUUUAGCUAAAAUAAAACAGCAACA